UAUCAACUCAGCCGAGCUCUCUCUAUCUCUCUGUCUUCUUUCCUCCUGCAGACAACAACAACCAUGGUGCUCGUGCCCAAGCCAGCACUUCAACAGUUCUCGUUUAUAAGAAACAUCAAACCCACCACAUUCUUUUCUGGAAUCCCUCUAAUAGACCUCUCAAAACCCGACUCCAAGCACCUCCUGGUCAAGGCAUGUGAGGAAUUUGGAUUUUUCAAGGUAGUCAACCAUGGCGUGCCUUUGGAAUUCAUUUCGAAGCUGGAAUCGGAAGCUGUCAAGUUCUUCUCAUUACCGCUUUCUGAGAAAGAAAAAGCAAGCCCUCCUAAUCCCUUUGGCUAUGGUAAGAAAAGCAUUGGACAAAACGGUGAUGUGGGUUGGGUAGAAUACCUUCUCCUGACCACUAAUCAAGAAUCAGUUUCUCAGAGACUCUCUUCAGUUUUUGGUGACAACCCAGAAAAGUUUCGGUGUGCUUUGAAUGAUUAUGUAUCAGCUGUGAAGAAAAUGGCAUGUGAGAUUCUUGAAAUGAUGGCUGAUGGUCUAAAGAUUCAGAAUAGAAAUGUGUUUAGUAAACUUUUGAUGGAUGAACAGAGUGACUCUGUUUUUAGGCUAAAUCACUACCCUCCAUGCCCAGAGAUUCAAGCAUUGAAAGACCACAACAUGAUUGGAUUUGGAGAGCACACAGACCCACAGAUCAUUUCUGUGUUAAGAUCCAACAACACUUCUGGCCUGCAAAUCUCUCUUAAUGAUGGAAGCUGGAUUUCAGUCCCACCUGACCCGAGCUCAUUUUUCAUCAAUGUUGGCGACUCAUUACAGGUUAUGACUAAUGGGCGGUUUAAAAGUGUAAGGCACAGAGUCUUGGCCAACAGUAUAAAGGCUAGAAUUUCAAUGAUUUAUUUUGGUGGACCACCUUUGAGAGAGAAAAUAGCUCCAUUGCCCUCGCUCAUGGAAGGAGAAGAAAGCUUGUACAGAGAAUUUACAUGGUUCGAGUACAAGAGAUCUGCUUACAACUCAAGAUUGGCCGAUAAUAAGCUUGUCCUCUUCGAGAGGAUAACAGCCUCGUAAAUAAAUACGUACACAAAAUCAAGUCUCGCGUGUUCUUGCCAAAUACUUCAAGAAUAGGUUUAGAAAGGCUUACUGUAUUUGCCAUAGAUGGAAUUAAUACUUCGUAUUUUCUACUCUGACGUUCUUCUUCUUUGACUUUCUCCAGUUUUUGUCUCCCAUACUUUAUCCAAUUACUUUUCUUGUGAAUGAAACUAAUUUAUAGUUAAUGAUUAAUUUGGAAGGGAGUUUAACUA